AUGCUUUUUACUAUAUUUAUCAUCAUAUAAUUAUCCUUAUGUGAUUGGAGAUUGAUCUAUAGCAAUUAUUACUCAGAAAGCAUUAAUUCAGCAAAUGAUUGGGAUUUUAAAUAAAAUUGCUCAAUCAAUUAAAUACAAGGAUCAUCAAUAAAACAAUGUGGAACAAAUCCUUUAGAAUUUUUGAGAUUAAAAGAUGAUAAAACAAAGUUAGAAAAAUAAUUUUACUAUCCUCAUUACGAAAUUAGAAUAAUAACAGAUGUUAUCUUUUUUAGAUCUCUUCCAGGAGCAGAUUCAGAAUUUAAUAUAUUUUUAGUAGACAAUUUUGGUUCUUCUCCAAUAUAUUAAAGACCAUAUUAAGAGAGUGAUUUAUAAACAUAUGAAAAAGUUUGUUCUUACUCUUGUGGUGGAGGUGGUGGUGGUUGUAGUAAUGUAGAUGAUUAAAGAGUUGAAAUUAAAACAAUAGUUUUAACUUCAAUAGUUCAUAACACACCUAAUUUUAAUAUAUCAUAUUGUUAUAUGUAUUAGGAUAAUGACAUGAGAAUAGGAUUAAGAAAUUUUUUGAUAUAUGUUUAACCAUGUCAUUUCUCAUGUUUGUCUUGUUCUGAAAGUACAGAAUUUGAUUGCUUAACUUGCUAUUAAGGAACACUUUAAGGAGGAUUAUGUCUUUGUGAUGAAGCCAAUUAAUAUGUAUAACUGUUAACUGGAUGUACAUAAGAAUGUGAUAGAGAUUAUUAUUUAGCAGAUUCUAAGAAACAUUGCUAAUUUGAUCCAAGUAUAUAAUUAAUAUUUAAUAAAUUAGGAAUAAAAUCAAAAGUAAGUUAUUUUACAUCAAAUUCUCUAACAAAUGUAAAUUUAUUACCUUAUUAUCCUUGGACAUUUAUACCAGACCCAUUCUACUAUAGAAAUUAAGAAAUGUUAAUAUCUUGUAGUGGAAUAGAUCUUAUCGGAUAAUUUUAUAAUUAUGAAGGAAUAUAAUUAGAAUUAGGAUUAAAUAAAGCAUUGAAAUUUAUUAGAAUAAGAGUUUCGUUUUAUUUAAACAGUUGGUAAACAGAUUCUUAAUUAAUUAUUACAGUAGAUUCUUUUUCAAGAGCUUCUAUAUAAAAAACAGCUACAAAUUAUACUUAUUCUUAAUCAAGUUUAUUGUAUUAUAACAGUAUUAGUUGUUUGGGUUUUAAUUAUGAUUUAGUAAGAAUAGAAACAAUUUUAAAAACAAAUUCUUAUAAUUCUAUAAUAAGAUUUCAAGCAGUCACAGGAUUAUAAUCAGAAACAUGGGCUUUCAGAAAUGUUACUAUAGAUUAUGGAUUAUGUUAAAAUAAUUGUACUGAAUGUGAAACCUAUUCACGAUGCUUGAUAUGUGAUUCUGGUUAUUAAUUAUACAGAGGUUCAUGUGUAAGUAGUUGUCCAAUACAUUCAAUUUUAUUAACAAAUGGAACUUGUUAAGAUUAUGAAGAUUUAAUUGAAAGUAAACUUAAUUUAUAUAUAUUAAGAUAGUCAAUAUUUGAUUAAAGCAUUUUAUGAUAUGAAUACAACACUUGAUAAUCUUGGGAAUAUUGUUGAUAAUUUUACAGAUUUCACCAACAAUAUUUAAACUUCAUUUACUGGUUAAUUAUUUUCUUUUGUUCCAUAAAAAUCAGUAUUAGGAGGUGUUUUAGUUUGGAAAUCUGGAACAUUCAAAAAAUCAUUUUAUUCUCUUCGUCCUCACUAUAAAAUAAGUUACAGGUUAAAUUUUACUUAUGGAGAUGAAAAUACUGGAUGGUUUCAAUACAAAUUUGGCUCAUUUUAAUCAAAUUAAAUAACAAACCCAAAUACAGGAACAUAUAAUUCAGUUGGAGAUAAUAAGAAAGAGACAACUAAGUAUUUCGAAAUAAUUGAAUAAUUACACUCAAAUGGUUAGCUAGACAUAGAAUUAUCUGCAAAUACAAAUAAAGCAUCUAUUGAAGAAGCUUUCAUGUAUGUUUCAGAAUAUUUUGUGGUUGUUCACUAUGUAUCAAAUUACAAAUAUUAUUAGUGUGCUCCUUUUUGUAGUACUCUUUGUCAUGGACCAUUAAUCACAGAUUGUGAUUCUGUAUAUACUGGACACAAUAGUACAAAUUAUUGUGAAUCAUAUGAAUAUUUAAAAUUUGACACAAGCACUUAACUCUAUUCUUGCUAACCCUGUUCAAUUAUAUUAGGAUGUAUUGAAUGUUAAAGUUCAACAGUUUGUACUAGAUGUGAAUUCAUUAACACUAAUCAAUUUUAUUUGGAUUAAGGCUAAUGUCAAUGUUAUCCUUCAGCUUUUUUAUCAAUUACAUAAGAAUGUAUUGGUAAAAAUCAUUAUUUAUUAUUUAGGAUGUGAUAGAUAUUGUGAAAGUUGUUUUGGUUCUAAUAGUAAUUAGUGUUAUAGUUGUGUUACAGAUUUUCAUAGAUCAAUAUUUGAAUUUGAAUGCAAAUGUAUCGAUGGUUAUUAUGAUGAUGGAUAUAAUUUAUAAUGUUUACCAAUAUGUGGUGAUUAAUAAGUAGUGGAUGGUGAAGAUUGUGACGAUGGUAAUGAUAAUCCUUUUGAUGGUUGUGAUCAAUGCUAAUUUUAAUGUUAAGAGGAAUGUUCUAAUUGUUAAAGAGGUAAAUGUUAUGAGUGUAAAGAUAACUACAUUUUAAUAGAAUCUAUUCAUUAAUGUAUUAUCAAUUGUGGAGAUUAAAUUGUAGUUGGAACUGAAGCUUGUGAUGAUGGAAAUAAUUAUCCAUAUGAUGGUUGUUUUUAAUGUUAAUUUUAAUGUUAUGAACAUUGUACUAAUUGUUAUUUUGGAAUAUGUUUGGAAUGUGACUAAGAGAAUGGAUGGUAUUUAACUGGAAGUAAUUGUGAAUCAAUUUGUGGAGAUAAUAUUAUUGUUUAUGGGCAAGAAGAAUGUGAUGAUGGUAAUUUCAAUCCAUUUGAUUUAUGUGAUUCCUGUAUUAUUAGUUGUUCAGAAUUUUGUGAUGUCUGCAUUGAUGGUAGAUGUUAGAAAUGUUAAAAUGGAUUCUAAUUUAUUUCUUAAACAUAAUAAUGUAUUCCUAUUUGUGGAGAUUUCAAAAUUGUUGGUAAUGAAAAUUGUGAUGAUAAUAAUUUUGUCAUAUUUGAUGGAUGUUAUCAAUGUUAAUUUAAAUGUUAGAAUUCAUGUACAAAUUGUUUGAAUGGUUAAUGUUAAGAAUGUAAUACCAAAGGGUCGAUAUUAAAUUUAUCUACUUUAUAAUGUGAGUCAAUUCUUGAUGAUAAUAUUGUAAAUGAUGAACAAUGUGAUGAUGGUAAUAUUAUACCUAUGGAUGGAUGCUUUUAAUAGUAGUAUGAAUGCUAAGAUUCGUGUAGUGAAUGCUAUUUAGGAUAUUGUUUAAAUUGUUAACAAAAUUGGAAAUUAGAUAUGCAAUUUAACAUGUGUUUUCCUAUAUGUGGAGAUGGAUUGAUAGUUGGUAACGAAGUCUGUGAAGAUUCUAACUCCUCAAUUUAUGAUGGAUGUUAUUAGUGUUAACUUUAAUGUGAUAAAAAUUGUUAGAUUUGUGAUUAAUCAGUUUGUUAAGCUUGCUUAUUAGGCUUUAUUUUGAUUAAUAAUCACUGUGUAGAAGUUUGUGGAGAUGGUAUUCUUGUAGAAUAAGAAGAAUGUGAUGAUUAAAUUAAUCUUAUUGAUUAAAUAUGUAAUCAAUGCAAAUAUACAUGCAAUAUUGGAUGUAAAUUAUGUGUUUUUGGUGUUUGUGAACUAUGUGAAGAAGGAUAUUUAUUGUAAGAUUUCUAAUGUUAAUCUAUAUGUGGGGAUAAAAUAAUUAUUGGAUCUGAAUAGUGUGAUGAUGGUAAUUAAAAUCCUUAUGAUGGUUGUCAUUUAUGUUAAUUUUAAUGCUAAUAGGAAUGUUUAGAUUGCAAAUUUGGCAAAUGUUAUGAUUGUUAACUAGAAUAUUUAGUUGAUAAGUAUUAAUGUAUUGAUUUGUGUGGAAAUAAAGCAAUUUCUAAAAAUGAGUAAUGUGACGAUGGGAACUUAGAACCAUUUGAUGGAUGUUAUAAUUGUAUAUAUUCUUGUGACUAAAAUUGUUAAGUUUGUUAAUCAGGAUAUUGUCUUCAGUGUAAAAACAAUUAAUGGUAAGUCAAUUCUAUUAAUUUUACAUGUCAACCAUUUUGUGGGGAUAAAUUUGUUGUUGGUUAUGAAUAGUGUGAUGAUGGUAAUGAUAUUAGAUACGAUGGAUGUUAUGAUUGCUAUUUUGAAUGUUAAGAUUCUUGUACCAGUUGUGUUGAGGGUGAAUGUUAAUCAUGUGUUGUUGGAUGGGAUUUAAUAAAUAAAUAAUGCAUUCCAAUAUGUGGAGAUCUUCUAAUUCUUGGAGAUGAAUAAUGUGAAGAUGGUAAUGAUAUACAAUAUGAUGGUUGUUAUAAUUGUUAAUUUCAAUGUUAAAAUGAAUGUACUUUUUGUAACAAUGGAGUUUGCUAAGCAUGUAAUACUUAAGGAUGGACUUUGAUUUAAAAUUAGUGCUUUCCACUAUGUGGAGAUGGAAUUGUUAUAUUGCCUUAUGAAUAAUGUGACGAUGGUAACUAGUAAUAAUUUGAUGGUUGUUAUGAUUGUAGUUUUUAAUGUUAGGAAAUAUGUGAUGAUUGUAUAGAUGGAAAAUGUUAUAAAUGCAAAGAAUUAGGAUGGUUAGUAGAAAAUUUCAUUUGUGUUCCAUAUUGUGGAGAUGGAUUAAUAGUUGGAAAUGAAUAAUGUGAUGAUGGUACAUAAGUUACAAAUUCUUGCAUUAAUUGUAAACUUGUUUGCGAUUCAUAUUGUAUUGAUUGUAAUAAUGGCAUAUGCUAUACAUGUGAAAUUGGAAGAUAUCUUGAUAAUAAUUAAUGUUUACCAUUAUGUGGAGAUGGUUUGUAUGUACAUGAAGGCUGUGAUGAUGGAAACCUUGAUAAUGGUGAUGGAUGUUCUGAUAUUUGCAUAGUUGAAAAAGAUUGGGUUUGUAUUAAUACUAUGAAUAUGGUUAGUACAUGUUUUUAUUCUGUUUCUCCUUAAAUGAAACUUGAAUUAAUUACUUAAUUUCCAGAGAAUGUUGAAGAAGUCUUAAUUACUUUUAAUUAGCCUAUGCUCCUUAAAUAUAAUGAAAGUUUCGAUGCAAAUCAUUAUUUUUAAGGGAAUAUCACAAAUUUAGUCUUUGAAUAAUAUUUAAUAGAGUUUAAUUUUUCAACUCAACCGCAAUUUUAAAAUGCUCAAACCAUUUCAGUAUUAGCUACUAUUACAUUUUAUGAGAACAUUGUUGAUCCUAUUCUAAUUGUUAUUCUUAAUAAUACUGCUAUUGUCUCAGAAUAUUAAACUAUAAUUGUUGAAAAUGAAAAAUAACUAAAAUUAAAAACUCCAAUUGUGAUAUCUUAAAAUGUAUUAGAAUCAUCUUAAAGUGCAAAAUCAUUUACAAAUACUAUAAUAUAUUUUAUGAUUGCAUUGUCAACUCUAUGUGUUUUGACAGGCUCUUUUGAAAUGUUUUGGAAUCUUAUGGAUUUACUAUAAUAUUUAUCAUACAUAAAAUAUGUAAACAUCUAAUUUCCUACUAAUUUAAAUAUCUAUUUUGAGGUUUUUAAAUUGAUAUCUAUAUAGCCAAUAAUGAAUGCCACUGGAAUUAGUGCUAUUUUUAGUUUAUUAGAUGGAAAUGAAAAUUAAGUUGUGUAAACAUCUGAAAAAUUCCUAACAGAUGAUAUAAAUGGUUAUUUUUAUACAAAUUUUUAAAGUUCUAUAUUUUGUUUUGUUGGCCUUUAUCUUGGUUACUUUUUCGCAAAAUUUAUGACAAAAAUAUUAUAUCGAAUUGGUCCAUAUCAUAUAUCAUUAUCUGGUUAUUAUGCAGGAAAAGUAAUCUAUGUUAUAAGAAAUCUACUUAGAUAAAGCAAAUAAGAGUUUUAUUACAAUGGAAUACUUAGAAUGGUUAUGUCUAAUUAUUAUGACAUAAGCUUUUCUGUUUUUAUUUAGCUUAUCAACUUCAAUACUACAUCAGUAAUAUUGAGCAUUAAUUCUUAUGCUGCUCUACUUGUUUUUUGUUUAUAGAUGGGAUUUUUCGCCUAUAUGUUUACUAAAUAGAUCUCAUUUUCUAAAGAACGCACUGUAUAAAAAAAGGAAUAAUUUUCAGCCCUUUUUGAUGGAAUUACUGAAUCUUAAAAUAUUUGGGUAACAUAAUAUAAUACAAUUCUACUAUUUAAAAAAUAAAUUUUUAUUUUUUUGAUUGUCUAUAUGGAAUAUAAUGGAACUUUGUAAGCUAUAGUAAUUGCAUUUAGUUAAACAUUAUUUUUAAUUUAUGUUUUUAAACUAAAACCAUUAAAUAACAUAUAUGAGUACUAUAAAAUAUUGGUAGCUGAUUCCUUCUUAGCCUUUAAUACAUUGCUCUUUUUAGUAUAUGCAUAUAGAAGUUAACUUAAUUUGUCAGUUGAUGAUUACAUAUUAAUAGGAUGGUUUCAUAUAGCAAGUUUUAGUUUAAUUUUAGUGUUUUCCCUUUUAUGCGACUUAAAACAAUAAGCUACUCAUAUCUAUAAAAAAAUAGUAGCUCUAAUAACAAAUAAAGUACCUGAAUAGAAUUAAGGAGCUACAAUAAUAUUUUAUUGA